AUGACUUGCAGCGCUUCGCCAUGCUCCUCCCCGCUCUCCAGCAUCGCAUCGAGGUCCCCUUCACUACCCGUGGACUACCCAUCGCCCCCAUCCAGCAAUGUGUCUGAUAAAGGCGCAUCUUCUCCACCCCGCGACGCGGCUGAGAGUGCGCCUGAUCGCGAGGGCCCCCCUCCUGCGAAGAGGCGCAAGGUUGCUGGCCCAAAGGAAUAUAAGACCGAAUACCUUGACUUACGCGCCUUAAAUGAGAGUGAUGACGAGGCUCAUCACCGAGUUCAAGAUUCCAAACUCAAGAAGCUCAUGGAGACGUUGCGCUCGAAGCGUAAGAUUGUGGUAAUUGCUGGGGCUGGCAUCUCAGUAUCCUCUGGCAUUCCCGACUUCCGUUCUUCGACCGGUCUCUUCACCACCCUACGGAGCCAGCAUAAGCUAAAAGCCUCAGGGAAGCACCUUUUUGACGCGUCGGUGUACCGCAACGAUUCAUCCACCAGUUCUUUCCAUGACAUGGUUCGAGGAUUAUCGAAACUGACGGAGAACGCAAAACCGUCGCCUUUCCACCACAUGAUUGCGACGCUAGCCGAGGAAGGUCGCUUGAUGCGCUUGUAUACCCAGAAUGUCGACGGCAUCGAUACCGCUCUACCGCCGCUCGCCACCAACAUCCCUCUUAAUAUCAAAGGACCUUGGCCAAAGACUAUUCAACUUCAUGGAGGCUUGACCAAGAUGUCGUGUCAGUUGUGUAAUAAACUGUUUCCUUUUGAUGGGGCACUGUUUGAGGGCCCAGAUCCACCUGCCUGUCAGGAAUGCGAGGAGGCCGACGGUGUACGAAUGGCCGCUGGCGUUAGAAGUCGUGGAAUUGGUCGCUUGCGGCCGAGAAUGGUAUUGUACAACGAAUUUAACCCUGAUCAGGACGCUAUUGGAGCCGUAUCUACCGCCGAUAUCAAGAGUCGACCCGACGCAGUCAUUGUUGUUGGCACGAGCCUGAAGGUUCCCGGAAUCAGACGGCUGGCACGUGAGAUGUGUGCAGUUACUCGAGACCGCCGAGGAGGAUUCACGGCUUGGAUCAACAAGGACCCCGAACCACUUGGCGUUGACAUGAAGGACUCUUGGGACAUGGUUGUCCGAGGCGAAUGUGACGAAAUCGCUCGUUACGUUGGCCUUCCGAAGUGGGACGACAAAGACUGUGGGGAGUAUUGUAAUGUUGAAAGGGAAGAUGUACAGGUUGCGAAGAAGGCGAAGGGUAUACUAGGAGUCGUGGUGGAGUCGAAACCACCGGAAGCCAUCAAGACCGAGGGCAUGCUCACACCCACCGACUCCCGGCAUCACAGUCCGCAACCCUUGCCAAACACGAAGAAGCAGUUACCCCUCUCAUUUGGUCCAGCGACGACUACGAUUGCAGGGAAGGUUACGAAACCAAAGAAGAAGGCCAUUAGAAAGCCAUUGCCUUCCGCGAAGCCCAAGGAGAAGAUCACCAGUGCUUUCACCAAUACGAAGAAAGCAAAACUGUCGACCAGCAAGACCGCUUCGGCAAACAUCAAUGUUAACUUUCCGAAUCUCAAAGGCAACACGAAACCAGCCAAGUUACCACACACACCAUCGCGAGCAGCAUCUCCUGCGUUUUCCAACGCCAGCAGUGAAUUGACACCACCACCGUCCAGCAAGCCUGAAGUCGUCAUUUAUCAAGAGACGAUUUCACCUUCAAGAAUUCCUGGAUUUUUGACAGGCAUGAUGGACCAAGCAUAG